AUGGACCAAAUUGAAGAUCCUUCACAAUUGAAGGGGGAUAGCUUCAUCGCCAAAAUCACCAGAACCAGUGACCAAGACCAAGAACAGAAUAGCGAAAAGGGCAAGUGCAAUUCCGUCGAGGCCGAGCCAAUUUCUAGGUGGACCGGAUUUUCUGGCAGAGAAGUCCUGGUUGUAACGGAUGUAUUUGAUGGCGGAGAAGGCGAAGGUGAGGCCCUAGGAGAGAUGGAUGCCACGGACGACGGGGAGGGGGAUGAAGCGGUAGAGGAGGGACAUGAGGCCGGUGACGCCAAGGAUGAAGAGGGUGGCGGCAGUGGAGAGACCCGCGACAUCGAUUUGGGGGAGGGAGAGAAGGGGGUCGGAGAUGGCGAUGACAACGAUGGACUUCAUGGGCUGGACAGGCAUUGGGAUGCCGAAGAGAAAGCCGGUGGAGAUGUUGUAGAGACCCAUGAAGAUAAGGGUUGUGGAGAGGUCCAGGUGUUUGACCAGUGUGAGAGCUAG